AUGUUUUAUUCCUUAACUAAAGAUUAAAGAGACAUGCGUAAAAAAGAAAAAAAAGCAAAUUAAGUAAACUGUCCACUAUGCCCUGCUUCUUUAUAAGGACUUUUAAAAUAAAAAGCAUUUUGGUUGUUAAAUUAAUAUAUUGUUUUAGUAUUUUUUGCUUAAAUUAUGUUUGCAAAACUCACAUUGUAAAAAAACGAAAAGAUCCUUUAAUAGAAGAUAAAAUAGGAAAAAUAUGUAGAGAAUGUGAAGAUUUAAUUCUCUAUUAAAAAAUAAUGUCAAAGGUAGUAUUUAAAAUUCUAUAGAAAUUCAGCAUUAAAAAAAAGAAUAAGAACUUCAAGUAUAAGAUAAAGAGUUCUCUAAUAAUCUUAAUAAUGUGAAUAGUUAAUUUUAAGAUCUUUUAUCUUAAGAAUAAACAAUAAAAUAUUAAAUUGAUAAAGAUUAAAAGGAACAUGAAAAGAAAGAUCAAUAAAUUAAAUUAAAUAUUAAAGAAGCAGAAGAUAGAUAGAAUUAACUUAAUUAAGAGAGUCUUAAGUUAAGUGAAUAAUAUCGUAAACUUGUUGAGAUAAAGCAGGGUAAAGAGAAAGAAAAAUAAUUAUUACAAGAAUAACUUGAAAAACUGUAUAAAUUAAUAAUAUUUAAGUUAAAAUGAUGAACAAGAAAUUUAGCUUCAAAAUUAGUAAAUUCAAGAUUAAAUUAAAAUUGUAAGCGAAAAUAACAGCAAACUUACUUUACAAAUAGCUUAAUUAAGUAAUAAUGUUUAAAAUGAUGAAAGAGAAAAAAAAUCUAUAUUUAAUGCAUACACCACCAGCAAUUUUGGAACAAUUUAAAUUGAUUCUAAAUAAGCUUCAGAAAUAAUGCCUAGACCUUCUAAAUAAAAAAAAGAAAUAGAUUAACAUGUAAGAAGUGAUGAUGCAUUUUGCUGUUAUAAAUUUAUUCCUAGCAAAUCCAAAAAACCUAAAAAGAAAUGAAUAAUUUAACUAAAUUUAUC